GGCUCGAGUCCAUGUUCCGUACAGCUGUGUUCAACUGUCCGGCGUUUUGUGCUUCGUAUGGCGGAGCCGGGAUCCUCAGAUCCAUCCUCGGACCCAUCCUGGGGCAAGGUCGUGCUGGAUGGGUGUUGCCUCUACGUGGCGGGGGUUCCUAAAGAUGCCGAGUGGCAAGAGCUCAAGGAUCACAUGAGGCAAGCCGGGGAGGUGGAGUACUGUGAGCUUCUCUACUCAGACUGGGGGCAGCCUCGGGGGAUCGGCUUCGUGCGCUUCAAGACCGAGGAGGAUGCCCAGAAUGCCAUUGCCACGAUGAACGGGACAUGCAUGGGCGGAGGGAAAUGCCUCAAAGUUGAACCAUGGACCGGCCGGAAGCCCUCUGCAAACAGCCCCGGAAAGAUUAUGUACCAGAUGUGGACGGUCUACAACAAGAAGAAGCAGCGAAAUUUGGAUCCCGAGAAGGCGCAGCUGGUGGAGCGCAUCAAGUCUUUCCAACGCGCCGCCACCACCCAAAAGGAGACUUGGUAUUCCUUCUGCGGGGAUGUGAAGGACCCCGCGCGUCAUGAGAAAGCCAAGCUGCAGGAGUUUGUGGCCAUGUGCAAUAUGCCCUAGUGCUUCGGAUGGCCCCGUCCGCGUCGGCGCGUCGGCGACCGGUGUUUGAGCCCACUAGAGGUUUAUUGCCUUUUUCCUAGGCCUAAAAUUCCAAUCCUGGCGGCCAAGCUACUGAGCACAAGUGGUUUUGGCGCCCUUUUUGCGACAAGGAUGCAGCCCGAGCUUCCGCCAUAAGGUGUAAUUCGAAGAGAGCUUGGCUUUCCAGCUGUCGGGAUGCCGUCGGGCACGCCCGGCCGCUGGCUUUUAGAGCACUAGGAAGAAUCGACCCGUUCUUUCGGAAAAUUAAGUGGCCUGGUGCUUGAGCAACUUUUUCAAAGGGCAGCCGAAGGCGUGUUGCCCGCUGCCAUCGAGGCAAACAAGUCCGUGCCGUGGG